AUGAUUGAAGACUUCCGCAUGCCUACAGGGGGUUGUGAACGCCCGAGCGCGCCACCUUGCCCACCACAAUGGCUGCGCUCCGCAGAGCGGCCGCCGGGCAGGCUGAGUCCCGAAUGGACCGAGGACUGCCUGCACGUCAACUUGUGGACUCCGGGACUGAGCCCGGCUAAACUGCGGCCUGUGGUGGUGCUCCUGCACGGCGGCCAUUUCACGCACGGCUCCAACAGGCAGCGCCAAUACGACGGAGCUCGGAUGGCGACGCGCUGUGACUGCGUGGUCGCCGUGCCAAACUACAGACUGGGUGUGUUCGGCUUCCUGUUCGGCAACGUGUCUGGCCUCCCUGGCAACCAGGGUCUCUGGGACCAGCACCUUGUCCUGCAGUGGCUGAAGCGAAAUGCCGCUGCCUUCGGUGGGGACCCACGAAGCCUGGUCCUCUGGGGCGUCGACGCUGGCGCCAUCAGCGCCGGACUGCACAUCGUCUCACCGUUGAGUGGCAGUGCACUGAUCUCAAGGGCAGUGCUUCAGGGCGGCUCGCCGCUGUCUUGCCUGGGGGAGUGCGCAGACGCCGAGAAUGUGCGGCUCACGGUUGCCAAGCUGUGCGCGUCGCCCGACGAGGCGGCGGAAGACGAGCAUCGCGCCCUGGCCUGCCUACAGGCGGCGCUCGCAUCGGCACUGGUGGCACUGCCCGUGGACGAUUACUUCGCGCAGACGCUGAGCCCGUUCCUGCCCACGUACGGCGAUCCUCUGGUGCCCGUAGACCCCAAGGAGGUGAGCCUGGUGGGGAACCCGUAUGGUGGCGGCGCACUUAUUAGUAUCUUCGCCUACCACUGCCUGCAGAUACUGGCGUCCAAUAGGCGGCCCCUUCAGGUUUCUGGCGCACCGCUGUCGGUGCUGGUGGGUUUUACGCGGGGUGAAGGACAGCACUUCCUCGCUCGCUUCCUGGAUGCCUCGACGAAUGGCUCGUGGGCGCAUUUCACGCCGGACCAGCACCGCAGCACCGCCUCUGCCCUGUUCACGUUCACCUUCGGCGAGGAGAUCUUGGAAGCCGAGAGCCUGCACACGGACCUCGACUCGUUGAACAAUCCGCGCCGCGUGUUCUGCCACUACGGCGCCUUGCUGGACGAUGCGCUGUACGUGUGUCCGGCGCUUGCGUUCGCCGAGUACCUGUCGGACGCGGCCUUGGUUCACGUGUACGAGUUCGCACUCGUCGACCACGAGAACGGCACGCUGGCGGAGGCGCCGACGACGCACAGUGACGACUUCCACGCUGCCUUUCAUGACGCCGGUGGUCCUCGGGGCGCGCAAGCCUUCAGCGCCGCCGUAGUUUCCUUCAUCAGCGCAGGCUCCGCAGAUUGGCCGGCGUACACAAGGUCGGAGCCGAUCAUGCGCUACUUCGCCGUCAACCAGACCAUCACCAGGCGUUCGAGCGGAAAGUGCAAAGCGCGCUUCAAGUGCUACCCCGGAAAGGCUCACGCCGACUAAUCACGCGCUCGUGCUGUGUCUCUGAUGACAGACGGUGUUUCAAGCACAUAACGUCGCACAUGUGACGCAUGGCUGUAGUCACCACGCAAACACGACGUUCAUUUCAGUUUUAAACUAUUCAUUACUAUGUGACAACUGCAUGCGCAAAGUAAGCUCUUGCACUCACUCACGCUUACAGGGGUCUCUUUAUUUGUAUUCUAUAGGUAUAUGCUAGCGG